UCAAGUAUAUUAAUUGCAUCACUCAUGUCGGCUUUCACCAAGCAAAGACCUGUAGUCCAUCUGUCUUUCUUCUUCCUUUCUUCCAACAACUUCACCUCUUCGUGAAACCCUAAUCUUCCUACCGAUCCAUCUCAGUCCGCACCAUUUCCAACAAAUCAUCAAGAAAAAGGCACCAAGUCCAAAGGAAAAUUCUAUUGCUGGAUUGUGCUGUCUGAGGAUCUUGUCUUACUAUUCUUAUGGAUCAGUCUGCUGGAAAUAAUUUGUCUGGAGGAUCUCACUUAGGGGACUCAAACAAUGCUUUAAACACGGAACUAUGGCAUGCUUGUGCCGGUCCACUGGUCUCUCUUCCUGUUGUAGGAGAGUUAGUUUACUACUUUCCAGAAGGUCACAUGGAACAGCUUGAAGCAUCCAUACACCAAGGGAUAGAUCAACAAUUACCUUCUUUUGACUUACCAUGCAAGAUACUUUGCAAAGUAAUGUACGUCUCCCUGCAGGCUGAACAAGAAACAGACGAAGUCUAUGCACAAAUAACUCUUCUCCCAGAAGCAGAUCAAAAUAAGGUCUCUAGUCCUGAUCCUCCUCUUCCAGAGCCUCCAAGCUGCAAGGUCCAUUCAUUCUGCAAAACACUCACUGCUUCUGACACAAGCACUCAUGGAGGAUUCUCUGUUCUGAGGAGGCAUGCAGAUGAAUGUUUACCUCCCCUGGAUAUGUCCCAACAGCCACCAUGGCAGGAAUUAGUUGCAAAUGAUCUUCAUGGAAAUGAAUGGCAUUUUCGCCACAUAUUUCGAGGGCAACCUAGGCGCCAUUUGCUCACCACUGGUUGGAGUGUAUUUGUUAGUGCAAAGAAAUUAGUGGCUGGCGAUGCAUUCAUUUUUCUAAGAGGUGAGAAUGGCGAACUGCGUGUUGGUGUGAGAAGACUUAUGAGACAACAAAUAAACAUGCCAACAUCUGUUAUAUCCAGUCAUAGCAUGCAUAUUGGGGUUCUUGCUACUGCAUCUCAUGCAAUACUGACUGGGACACGUUUCUCUGUUUUCUACAAACCAAGAACGAGCCGAUCUGAAUUCAUUGUUAGCGUCAAAAGGUAUCUUGAAGCACUUGAUUACAAGCUCUCAAUUGGAAUGAGAUUUAAAAUGUGCUUUGAGGGUGAGGAGGUUCCCGAAAGAAAAUUCAGUGGCACAAUUGUUGGUGUGGAAGAAAGGACAUCGUCAAGAUGGCCCGAGUCUGAAUGGAGAUCACUGAAGGUGCAAUGGGAUGAACCUUCAUCCAUUUUCCGUCCAGAAAGAGUUUCACCAUGGGAAUUAGAACCACUAGUGGCUGCAACUCCUCCGAACCCUCAACCUCUUCAGAGAAACAAACGAGCACGGGUGGCUGUGCUACCCUCUCCAAUGCCAGAUAUUUCUGCAUUUGGCACUUGGAGGAAUCAAGUUGAAUCUCCAUCUACUUUCUCUUUUGGUGAGUUACAACGUGGAACAGAACACAAUCCAUCCCCCAAAUUUACUUCACCUGGGAAGGUCACUUCUCUAAGCUAUAGUGAGAAUAACUCAUUGGCUCCAACAUCCAGAAAGUCCUUGUACUGGUCUAGCCUAGUGGAAUCCAAAACAGAAUCCUCCAUGGUUGCUGUUACUAUCAAAGAAUCACGUGGUGACUACAGGCUUUUUGGUGUCGAGUUACGUGACAAUGCCCACGUGGAAGAAACUUCAGCUGAUGUUGAAUCUGACAGGCAUUCUGAUCGUUGCAAUCACUCUGAUAAUCCUUCCGUAAGCUGCGAGCCUGAAAAAUCUUCUCAGAGAUGUCCACAUGAAUCACAUAGCAGACAGACCAGGAGCUGCACAAAAGUGCACAUGCAAGGAAUGGCAGUUGGGAGGGCGGUGGAUUUAACGCAAUUCGGAAAUUACGAGGAUCUGCUUAAGAAACUAGAGGCAAUGUUUGAAAUUGAUAACGAACUCACUGGAUCACAUGGGAAAUGGCAAGUGGUUUACACUGAUGAUGAGGGUGACAUGAUGAUGGUUGGUGAUGAUCCUUGGCAUGAGUUCUGCAGCAUGGUAAGGAAAAUAGUUAUCUACACAAAUGAAGAAGUGAUGAAGCUAUCACAGAAGACGAAAUUUCCACUUAAGAAUGAGGUCAAACCAAGCAAGUCCAUUUCCGAUACCAUUGUCAGCACUGAACUGAUGAUUAGUCAUCCAUCCGAUGUGGUCCCCACCAGCUGAUGUCGCGAAAAAAACUCGGGUAUUCUAUCCCUGAUUUUUAUUUUGAGCUGGAAAUGAUGCUACUACGAAUCUGUAUGCCCGUUGGCACAGAAGAUCAACUGUCUUGGGGGCAUCCAUUAUGCCAAGUAAGUGCUAAGGAUUCUUAUAUACAAAGCUUUGCUCUAUUCUUUUCAAGUUCUCUGGAAUACAUGAUGGCACAGACUUACACGAGUUAGCUGUGUAUAUAAUAUAUAUACAUAUAUUUAUUCUUAUGUACAGCUAUUUUACCGAUAUUCUUGUCUUCAAUGUGUAAAAAAAAUGUUUGUCAGUGUUCAUUCUUGUUGAAUUCUUGCCACAUGCCAUGUCUACAAGCUGUGAUCUAUUUUUGUUCUUCAUUUGAAUUCUGUGAAGGGACUUUACUAAA